AUGUACACUCGUCAAGGUCUCUCUCCCAAUGUUUCCUUCCCUCGCGUCGUUGGCAUUGAGUGCAUCGGAACCGUCGCCGGCUACCAUUCGUCAACCACCUCGCCGCCCGUGCCGAUCGGCCAACGAGUAGCCACCUGCAUGGGUGGUCUCGGCCGUUCCCUGAGUGGUUCAUAUGCCGAAUAUACCUGUGUAGCUCAGGAGAACAUCCGGCGCAUCCCGGACACUCAGAAUCUCAAGGUUGCCGAGUUGGCAUCGUUCCCGGAGAUGUUCCAGACCACAUGGGGCUCCCUCACAUCCGGCCUCGACGUGCAAAAGGGCGAGUCUGUUCUCGUGCGCGGAGCUACUAGCUCGAUUGGUCUAUGUGCUCUCCAGCUUCUCAAGAAACUUGGUGCAAGUCGUAUAGGCGCGACAACCCGAAACCCAUCUCGAAUAGACAUGCUUCACGGCGCAGGCGCUGACGAGGUGUUCAUUGACAACGGCUCCAUCGCGGAUGAGGUAGCAAGCAGUGCCGGCGGUGUGUUCGACAAGGUGCUCGAGCUUGUAGGAGCUUCCGUGGUCCGGGACAGUCUGAAAUGCGUCCGUCCACAGGGAACAGUAUGUAUAUCGGGAAUGCAGGGCGGCGAAUGGUUGUUGAAUGACUUCGACGUCUUUGCAUUCCGCAAUCGCAGUAGGCUCACUGGCUAUAGUGGGGGUCCCGAAGACUUUCUAGCAUUACCUUUCGAGGAGCUCGUGAAAGAUGCGGAUGAAGGGAAAAUCAAGAUCCCGGUCAGGGAGUUCAAACUUGAGGAUAUACAACAAGUACACGAGAUCUUGGAAGCGGGUGGCGGCGGAGCAAAGAUGGUAGUGGUUGUGGCUGAGGAAUAA